UCUGCAAGAACACUAUUUGAAAUCAGCAUGUCUUUGUCUAUGGUCUAAGCGAGUUGCAUUUAAAAGUAUUAGUUUUCUAACGAGCAUUUUAGUUAAUAUUCUAAUAAUUUUCGGCCAUCGGACUUUUCUAAGAAUUCAUUUUUACUGUGUCCAUAAUAUUUUUCUGUUCAAGAUCAUUUUCUUGUGUCUUCAAUUAUGUCAGGAUCUUUGAAACCUUUUGAUUGUCCUGCUUGCAGAUCAACAUUUACAGUUUCUGCAAGAUGCAAUGCUGUAUCAAGAUUUCCACGUAUUCUCUCUUGCAAUCAUUCAAUUUGUGAAGGCUGUUUACGAAGCGCAGCAAAGUACAGUAAAGAAUUAAAAUGUGCGGUGUGCCAGACUUCUGUUGAUUUAUCUGAAGGAGAUAUCUCAGUGUCCACAUUCCAACCAGAUAUUUAUGCUCUGGGAAUCCUAAAUGCUAAUAUUAAAACUUCUUUCUUAGGGAAUCUGAAAAACAAAUUUCAUUCAAACAUCAGUUGGAGAAAAUGUGAAGAUUCCUCUGAAGUUUCAAAUACAGUUAGUUGUGGGCACUGUAAAUUAAAUCAAGCACUAUGGCAAUGUGAUGCAUGUGAAUUAAAUUUUUGUGGUGUUUGCUUUAAUGAUAUUCAUGAUAAAAUAAAAUCUAAGAAAAAACAUGAAGGAAAAAGAAUCUUUGCUGAGCGGUACAAUUCUGUAGUCCUUGAAGGCUGUUCUGAACAUGAAAAUAAAACUGUUGAGUUCUAUUGUGAAGUUGAUAAUCACUUAACUUGCAGUUACUGUAUGCUAAUUGGUAAUCAUAUUGGGCAUCAAGUGAAAACUCUGAUGGAUAAGAACAAAUCAUGUGCUGAAGAUCUGAAAACUGUUGUACAAGAAAUUUCUGUUUUGCAAAAACGGUUAAAAUACACUGAACAUCUAUUAAGUGAAACUAUACCAUUAGAAAAAGUGGAUGUUUCAGAUCUGAUCAAGAAUGUACAUAAUCAUUUUCAUAAGCUUCAUUCUGUCUUGCAAGUCAGAGAACAUCAGCUUAUCUCUCAGAUAGAAGAAGUUUCUUUGAGUAAUGUUAAACAAUUAGAAAAAAUGAAACUGGACAUUUCUAAUUGGGAGAGGGAUUUGGCUGCUGUAAGAAAAGAUGCUGAAUCAGUCAUAGAAAACCCAUGUUUAGCAAUUAGUGCUCCAGCAAUUCUUGAGAAGUUAGAAGCAUGUAAAACGUUACCUUGCUACCUUGUUCCUCUUUCUGAUGACAAGAAUAAGGAGAAAAUUAAAAUAAAUCUCCAACUAGAUUCAGAAUUAGAAGAAAGCAUAUCACAGUUAGGAAAAGUAGAAUACGAAGUUUUUUCAAAAUUUUCUUUACUGCCAAGGAGUGAACUACCUGACACAUAUUCUGUACCAGAAAUUCCUGACAGCUUGUGUGCUACAGAUGUUGAAGAAUCUUGCUCAACAUCAACUGAUACAUUUUCAGAUGAUAGUUUAUCUAUUAGCAGUGCUGCUGAUUCUACGAGUAUUCAAGCAUCACUCAAAUGCAAAGAUUUUACUAAAAUGCAACCAGAAAAUGUUGUAGUUUCUCAUAUCAAAAGUCCUUCUAGUUUCUGGGUACAGAAGUGUUCUGAUAUGAAAAAAUUAAGAGCUCUUUCAUUAGCUAUAGAUAAAUUCUGUCGAUUUGCAGAACCCAAGAAGCAUAAACCGGUUGCAGUGGAAAAAGGUGAUGUAUAUCUUGUUCAGUUUAGUCAAGAUAAAAAAUGGUAUCGUGGAAGAGUAACUGUAAUAUUAGAACCAAAGGAAACUCAAAAUACAGGUGAAGGAGUGGCAUCUUCAGAUGCAAAGAAACUUAAGAAAAAGGAACCACUAAUAGAAGUUUUAUAUAUUGAUUAUGGAAAUAAAGAAACUGUACCAUUAUCAAACUUCCGGAACAUACAAACUCGUUUUCUAAAUUUGCCAGGUAUGGCUAAAGAAUGUAGCCUCGUAGAUAUAAAACCAAUUAAUGAUGCAGCUUGGACCAUUGAAGCCAUUACAACAUUUACUAAAUUUGUUGCCAGUCGCCCUGUAACAAUGCAGGUUUAUGAAGAAAGAAAUAAUGUUUAUUAUGUUGACUUAUCACAGACAGCUGAAAGUGAUGUGUCUAAUGAUGUUCCUGUUUCUGUUCGAGAUGCUUUAGUAUUUUUAGAGCUUGCUGUUUUUCCUUCAGGCAAAAUUUCCCCACGUAAACAGCAUGUGGAACCUCAAUACAUGCCCCCAGAACCUCUACGUGCGAAUGUGAAUAUCUCUGCAAUUAUCAGUCAUGUAGAAAGUCCUUCACAUUUUUAUGUUCAACAGAUGUCUACAGCAUCUUAUUUAUCAUCAUUAAUUUUUGAAAUGAAUGAAGUUUAUAAUAAUCAAUUGAAUCCUAUUUUAUUUGGAAUUUUUGCUCCUCGUAUUGGUAUGAUAUGUGCUGCUCAGUUUAGUUUAGACCAUCAGUGGUAUCGUGCUCAAGUGAUAGGUUUACCUGGUGGAGCAAAGGUAAAAGUAAGAUAUGUAGAUUUUGGGAACACUGAAGUUAUUCACCACAAGUUUCUCCGGAAACUUCUGAACAAAUUUAGUAAACUUAAUAUUCAAGCAAUACCUUGUAAAUUAGCUGAUGUGACGUAUAAUCAAGAAAAAGCAUGGAGUCAACAAGCAAAGGAAUGGCUGACAAACCAAGGGGCAAGAAAGCAGUUGACUUUAAAGUCCUUAGGUAUGAUCCCAGGUGAAAAUAAAGCUGAAGUUGUUCUUUACUAUUCAGAUGAAGAUUUUGAAAUUUGUAUAAAUUCUUUAAUAGUUGAAGAAGGUUUAGCUACUUCUUGUGGCCCACAUUCUAAAGAAGUGAGAAAAUCAAAGCCAUCCUCUUCGAAAAAACAAAUUUCUCCAAAGAAGGAAAUUACUCCUAUUUUGGAAGAACCAGCUUGUGAUAAUUUCUCAAUCAACGACCCUGUAGCUGAGGAAAAAAAACCACAACCUACUUUUGUAAAACCACCUCCAGAUACUGAAAAUAAGCAUAUGGAAGUUCAUGUUAGCUGGAUUGAAAGCCCAGAUCUAUUUUACAUUCGAAUUGCUGGUGAAAAUGAAAGAAAACUGAUGAUGCUAAUGGAUGAUAUGCAGAAAACAUAUGAAAAUAUGGAAGGAGAUCUGAUAGACUGUACAGUUGGUAGUGCAUAUGCUGUAAUGAGUACUUUUCAGAAGAAGUGGUUUAGAGGAACUGUUGUAUCUAAAAUCUCAGAUGACAAAAUACAGAUUCAUUAUCUUGAUUAUGGCAUGACAGAAGAAGUUUCUAAAAAAGGCAUGCGGAAGUUAUUGGAAAAGUUUACUUUUGAUGAGGCAUUUGCAGUAAGUUGUCAUCUUGUUGGAAUCAUACCUCCUGGUGGAAGUUCAAAGUGGCCUAAUGUAACUGUUGAAAAAUUUAGGUUACUUGCUGCUUCUUAUGAAAUAUUGCUGUUAACUUCUAAGGGCGAAAUUGAUGAGAGGAAGUCUUUGCCUUCUGAUUUGCUGAUUGAGGAAAUCGUGAGAGGUGGAGCUCUUGAACCAACUAGAGUAGUAUAUAAGAGUAUCACUACUGAACUUGUAAAUAGUGGCUUAGCUUUACCUGUUCGAAAGAAUAUUAAGGAAUCUAGUCCUAAUUCCCACAAAGAAACAAUUUCUGGUAAUGAAUCUUUAGAUUUCUUAAAUGGUGCAUUAGAAACAACACCAACCACCAGUGAACCAUCAGCCUUCAUUCCACCACCAAAAGAAGCAUCUAAGAAAGAAAAUGUUGUGCUUGAUUUAAAGCCAAAAUUUGUGUGGAAACGUGCUGUGCCUCCUUCUGAAACAAAGUUUAAAGCUUUUAUUACAAAUAUUGGGGAUGAUGGGAGCAUUCACCUUUAUUCAUUGUGUGAAGAUCCAGUUACUGUAGAUGUAAUUAAGAAGGCAUUACAGCUUAGAUAUGGUAAAGAGAAACCUAAGUGCCUGGAACAAGUUCCACCAGUCGGGGAAGCAUGCAUUGCAAGAUUUUCUGUAGAUAAUUUGUGGUAUCGAGCUGAAGUCAUAUCUGCAUCUGCAUCUUCAUCGAAAGUAAAGGUGCAUUUUGUUGAUUAUGGAAACAAUGAACUAGUUCCUCUGAGUGAUAUUAGUACUGAAAUUAUCAUGCAGCGUUUCCCACGACAGUGCUUAGAAUGCAUUUUAUAUGGAAUUAAACCUGUUGAUAGUGCAACUUGGGAUCAAGAAAUUUUAAACUUCUUGCAUAAUCAAUUUGUUGAGAAGGAGGUAACAGUUGAAAUAAAAGCUUCUGCUGAUAAAAACAGAAGACUGCAGUGCGAAAUAGUAACAUUAUCUGGUUUGAGUCUGGCUGAUUUAUUAAUAAGUAUGGGCUCAGCAGUGCCUAUUUCAGAAUCUUCUAGUAGCAGCUCCUCAAGAAUUACAACCCCAGAUAUUUCAACUAAUAAUACCAUGGUGCACACAGCAUUUUUAAAAGCCACAGAUUUGAUAGAGGGCCAUAUAUUCCCUGUCUGUAUAACACAAGUUAAUACUCCAAAUAUUGUAUAUUUACAACGGUUAAAAAUUGAAGACCCACAGUUAGAUAAUGACAAGGAAAGUAAUAAUGAGCAUGAUGCUUUUCUUCAGCUUAUUAAAGACCUUCAAGAAAAAGCUGAUGAUUUUCCAAAGUUAACAAGCCCAAUGCCUGGUAUGCCUUGCUGUGCCAAGUAUUCAUAUGAUAAUGCCUGGUAUCGUUGUGAAAUAACUGAUUUAACAUCAGAUGGAGCUGUUGUGUUGUAUGUGGAUUAUGGAAACUCUGAAAUUGUACCUAUUGAGAAUUUAAGAAUAUUGGAAGAUCAUUUUAUUAACUUUCCUGUGCAAGUGCAUUUCUGUGAAUUAUAUGGAGUGAAACCUGUUGGUGAUGACUGGGAUCCAAGUGUUAAAGAAUUUUUAAUUUCAAAGUUAAUUAGCAAUCAAGAAAUUUUUGCAAGAGUCAUGGUACCAGGGAAAAUAUCAAAAGUUGAUUUAUGUACAAAAAAUGAAGGUGGAGAAUUUAAAUUAGCAUAUGAAGAGUUGAUUGAAAAUAACCUUAUUAUCUUAGACAAAACAUCACAGUGACAAAUUGCAUUUAUGCAUCACUGUAUUUAUUUGUAUAUUGCAUUUCUCAUAUGUAGUUUGUCGUGUGCCAUACAUUUGUACAUGAAGAUAAUCAUUAUAUUUCUAGUUUGUUAAUUUUCUGUUAAGUAAGUGUACAUUCCAAUUUCUACCAUUUCUGUCGAUUCAUAUGAAAAGGUAAUCAUUAUUUCAUCCUCUGAUUUUUAAAAUGGAAGAGUUUGAUUGUUUUCAAGAAGGUUGUAUAUGAGAGACAAGGACAUUUUAUCAUUUUAUUCAUCCCCCCUUUUAUAGUUAAAAGCUGUUAGUUGGCAAACUAUUUGUAUAAAAAUCAAAAUUCAUGCAUUAAAGUCUUUUUCAUUGAUCACAGACUGUGUAUACUGUUUCACAAACUGAAAAGUUCAUUCUCAAAAUAUGCAAAGGCUAUUAUAAAAAAAAUACAUAUCUUGUUAAAACGAGUAGUUAUAUUUUAUAAGCAUGUGUAGCAUUGUCAAUAAUCUGUGUGAAAUUUAUUUUCAUAUUGAAAAUAUCACGUUUAUUUGAUAAUAAUAUGUAACCUUCUGAAGCACUUAACCAUCUUAUUGAAAAGUAUUAAAACAGUGUUAACUAUUUGAUAGAUGUAGGUGGAAAUGUGUAAAUCUGUGUUGUAAUUAAGUAAUUUCUUUCUAUUAAUAUUGUCAGGAAAUUUAACUUUUACAUAAGUUAUAUAUAAAUAAUAUAUGCUGCACAAACUAAUUCCUGAUGCUUGCAAUUAAUUAUACCUAAACAUAUAAAAGUUUCUAAUGAAUGAUUGCAAAAAGAAUCAUUAUUUUAGUCACGUUAAUUUUAAAAUGCUUCUGUAAUUAUGCAGGGUUGUAUUGAUGAUUUUUGUUGCUAAAAGUAUUUAGCUGUAAUGAUUGAAUGUGUAUAUACAAACAAAAAUAAUUUCAUUUUAACUGUUAAGUAACAUUACAUUACAAAGUGAAAUGCUGCUAAUAUGAAUAACUAGAUAUUUACAUUAUUUAAUAAAGGUCAUAAAUUAAAAGGGUAAUAAAAUUGUACUCAAGAAAUGAUUUGUAAAAUGUUAAGCAUCUAAUUUCUAAUGAGACUACAUGCAAAUUUGUGUUAAGUGCUACAUAAAAUUUAAUCUUUUCUAUUUUCAGUUACUCUUAAUAGAUAUCAUACAGAUAACGUGAUAUAAUUGAUUUUGUGAACUGCUGGUCUGAACUUUAAAUUAUUUUUUGCCUAUUGACGGUAGAUUAUACAAUAUUUAAUACAUUUUCACUUCAUUUAUUCAUAAUUUCAAUUCUGCAUUUUAACUUUUAUAGUCUUUUUUGAUGGAAAAAAGUGAGUCAUUGUUUAUUGACGCAGAAAAUAAAACUUGCUUAUGUUUGAAAA